AUGAGAGGAUACAAUUGCAUUGCACUACUCCCUCUACUAGAGGUGGUAGUACGAGCUGAGAAGCCUGGCAGCACUAGUAGUGUAGUUUCCCAAGAGAAUGGUGAAGAAGUAUUGUCUGAUGACAUGUUCGGUGCUCCGUUCAACGUAGAUUUCGGGAAAGGCAUGGGUUCUGGUAUCAUUAUUCCUAUGGGAGGAAUCUCUUUCGUACCGAUGGGCGAGCUAUACGACUCGAUCGAUGAUGUUCAUGAGCUUGCUGGUGGAGACAAAGCUGUGGUUGCUCAAUCGCAGCAGCAGCAGCCGAAACGGCUCCGCCAUGGAAUGGUCCCUUUGGCGAACCUGUUUAAUGGAGUAAUCGGGCAAAUGUUGAAUCAGAUGAUGACGGGCUCCUUGGGAGGGAUAGAAGGCGAGUCUACCUUCACUAUGAACACUACGGCCGGUGAAGUUGUUAUUGCUGGUCAGCUUCCGAAGCAGACUUUACGAACUGAGCUCGGUGAAGAAGAUAACGGUAUCACUGUGAAGCAAGUCGGUAAAGGUAUUGUACUGCAAGUGAGGAAGACCAAUGGCCCGAUGGUGACGGAUAUGCAAAGAUACUAUCCGAUGUCGGACGACUGCUUGCUGGAUAAGACCAAGGUCGUUUAUGAUCAGAACAGUGGCAAGCUCCGAGUGACUGUUCCUCGGAACCCAGGCAUGUCUGCUACUGGUGGUAAAGCGCGGAAUUCUGGAACUGAUUCAGACGAAAUCAAGAGACAACUAGACGAGGAAGCUCAGAAGGAUGGUGUGAAGAUUCGCUUCGGUGAUGACGAUACUCUCACCGUUAUUGUCCCGAUGUCACUUGGCCGAAUCGCUAAGUUCAAUGGGAGCCGCAUAGAGCUGGAGAGUGGUAGGGUUGUGACAAUACCUGUUGAGAUUGAGACGCUACUGGACGAGUAUGAGGCGGAUGAAGAAAAGAUGAGAGAGUAUACAUUCAGAAGUUCAGAAGUCUCGAAGAACUUUCCGAUCACCAAUGAUGAACUAUGA